GAUAGUAUAUCGAUGCAAAGCAUCAUCUCUACGAACAGCUGUAGUUUUGUUUGCAACUGCGGUUUUUUAAGAAUUUAGUAAAUAUUUUAUUUACCAGCAAUACCUUAAAUGGGGAUCAAUUGUAUGUAAAAAAAAGAACCUAAGAUCACAAUGGCCGAAUCCACGAUGUGUUUACUCUGCAUGUGUGAGUAUCCAUCGACGUUUGUGGAGCUUAUUGGUGUACACACAGCGAGAGGCAGCCAGCUGGAGGUAGCCAGGAUAAUAAGUAAACACUUUCCACUGCAAGUGACAGAAAGCAGUCUGGACCGGGUGUGCGGACGAUGUUGGAAAACAGUUUCGGAGUUUCACACACUGCACGAGUUUGUAAGCCAAGCACAGAGCUCGUUGCAGGAAACAAAGGCCCUAUUGAUGGAGGAUGAUCCGCUUACGCAGAACAACUUCAUCGAGGCCCCCAAAUUAGGUGCCGAAGAUGAAGUCAGACCGCAGGAUCAGCCAGAGCUCGGCUGCGGGAGAAACUUCUUCUAUCCCGAGGUUAAAAUAGAAGAGCAUGAGCUGGACCACUUGCCUAGGAUUGAGAUCCUCGAAGCGACAGCGAGCACACAGCCUAUCCAAGAGGAAUCCACAACCACGGCGACGAGGCGCUUGAGAAAACGCGUUAAAGCCGAGGAUGAAGCAUUUAUUGAUAACGAAGAUGGAGCUGUUGAGCCGGCACCAGCCGAGCAAAAAAAACGACGUGGCCGCCCACGGAAAGUGGAAGCCCCCAUUGAAUCCACUGCCAAGUCCGAAGAGGAUGUAUCACUGAAUCUUAAAUCAGAAGAGGAGGAAUCGGAGUUUAUCGACGAUGAUCCAGAUUUUUCCUGCAACAUCGACGAAGGUCUUGCGACCAGCGACCACAGUUUCGAGGACAAUUCGGGAGGUAGUGAGGAAGACACCGACUCGGACUUUGAGUUGGGAAAUAAUGAUAAGCUGGAGUUUGCCGUUGUACCCAAGAGAACUGUGGUGCGGCCCAAAAAGUACAAAAAAAGAACGAAGCCAACGGAGCCGAAGGUGCGCAUGUCUCGCGAGCUACUGGAACAGCGCAAGAAGCAGCAGGAGGAGUACGACAUCAUCAUUGGCAAGUUCUUCAACAGCGUGCUGGCGUGUCCGAUCUGUAAUCUGUCGGUGCACAACUUUACGGACAUGCAGCGACACCACCGUCUCACCCACCAGGUUGAUCCCGGCUACGUUAUGUGCUGUGGCCGCAAAUUUAGCCAACGCAAAGUGCUCGCGGAACAUGUGCAGGUCCACUGGAACCCGGACCACUUUAAGUGCACAAUCUGCGAAAAGUCAUUCCAGAACUCACGGCACCUGGAGUCGCAUCAACAGGUCCACCUGGAUCCGGCCAUCAAGCUGACGUUUGAGUGCGACCUCUGCUCUAAGGUCUUCCUCAGCAAGACAGCCAUCGACUAUCACAAGCUCAACAAGCAUGUCCCGAAGUCCGAAUUCAAAUUUACGUGUACCGAUUGUAACAAAAAAUUCCUUACCGAGCGAAAACUCAAGAACCAUAUGAGCUCCAUGCACGAUCCAGAAAGCACCAUCAUCUGCGACAAGUGCGGCAAGCAGAUGCGCACAAAAAUCAUACUCAAGAAGCACCAGGAGCUCAUGCACUCGGAUAAGCCGCGGCCAGAGCCGGAGCUGAAGCAAUGCCAGAUCUGCGGUGCCUGGCUCAAGGGCAUGACUGGCCUGAAGCAGCACAUGAAGAGCAUUCAUGUGGAGAGCGCCGGCGAGCACCGGUGCCACAUCUGCUCUAAGGUCUCGCCCAAUGCUCGUGCGCUUCGUCGUCACAUCUAUCACAAUCACGAGUGCGAACGCAAAUUCAAAUGCACCAUGUGCGAGAAAGCCUUUAAGCGUCCGCAAGAACUGAAGGAACACACGUCCACGCACACGGGCGAGGUACUCUACACCUGCCCGAACUGUCCAAUGACGUUCUUCUGCAGCGCCAACAUGUACAAGCAUCGCCAACGGCUGCACCGAGCCCAGUACGAGGCGGACAAAAACCAGCCGAAGCCGCCGAAUAUUCUCAAAAUAUCACGAAAUGCCUCUUCGCAGAGCAAGACCAAACAGGAGAUUUGAAUGGAAAUUUAUGCAUGAAAUUAAAGGAAAUAUUUUCUUGGAGCAUUCGGAUGGGGUAGCAAUGCUGCAGAUCCCACACAACGGUAUCGUAACCGGUCAAAGUGUGUGUCGGGUUCUUGAGCAAACGGAAUGGAACCCAACCCGACAGCCAGCUGUAUAAGCUAAAACCUAACCUAAGUUAAAAGGAUCGUAAAGAAUAAUAAACAGAGCAAACUGUAGAGACUCUGUAGACCGAUGCAA